CGUCGUUUCUCACAUUACCCUCCAAUUUAAUUCACUAUUUCUUUUAAUAUUUUUUCUUCCCCCUUUUUAAAACUGAUCAUCACCUUCUUCUUCACUCGCCUCAUUUGUUGUUCAUCUUUCUUUACUGUGAUUUUUACCGACGAAACAAGAUACAGAGAGAGAGAGAAGCGAUAUGAGUAGUUCUCAGAUUUCAGAGAUCGAACAAGAGCAGCUGAUCGAAAAGCUUGAGAUCUUUAAGAUCCAUGGCAGAGACAAACAUGGCCGUAAGAUCCUUCGUAUCAUCGGAAAAUUCUUUCCAGCACGAUUUCUAUCACUAGAUGUGUUAAAGAAGUAUCUAGAGGAGAAGAUCUUUCCUCGAUUAGGAAGAAAACCAUUCGCCGUGCUUUACGUUCACACCGGAGUACAGAGGAGCGAGAAUUUCCCAGGAAUCUCAGCUCUUAGAGCGAUCUACGACGCGAUUCCAGUUAACGUCAGAGACAAUCUCCAAGAGGUUUACUUCCUUCAUCCUGGUCUUCAAUCACGUCUCUUCCUCGCUACUUGUGGCCGAUUCCUAUUCUCCGGCGGGUUGUACGGGAAGCUGAGGUACAUAAGCAGAGUUGAUUAUCUAUGGGAACAUGUGAGGAGGAACGAGAUUGAGAUGCCGGAGUUUGUUUACGAUCACGAUGAUGAUUUAGAGUACCGUCCGAUGAUGGAUUACGGUCAAGAGAGUGAUCACGCUAGGGUUUUCGCUGGAGCCGCCGUUGAUUCAUCAGUCUCUAGUUUCUCCAUGCGGUGUAUCUCAUAGGCUUUUGGAAAAAAAAUAUCCACUAGAUCUCGGAUCGUAUCUUAUAAAUAUAAUAAUAUACGAUUGAAGGAAAUUUUCCAAAAAAAAAAAUAUAUAGUUGUGCUUUUUUUGAAAUUAGUGAGCGUUUUUUACGGAAAAACAAAAGAAAGCAGUUGGCGUUUUGGAUAGGGGAAGCAGUGGAGAAUCUUUAGAUUUUUCUUUGUCUUAAUUAAGUUCUUUUUAAAUCUUAAAUUUGUAGAUCUUUUUUCUUUAAUGUGGUAGUUGUCACUUGUGAGUUAUUUA